AUGUGGUCGCCGGAGAGACUCGGCCCAGCUGCCGUGCUGCAGUCCAUGGCUGACGCCCUUCCGAUCCAUCAGAGAGGUGACACCACCUCUGACAUGAGCGCCACCAUCGACUGUAUCGCAUUACUCGUCCACGCUUGCAUGUGCGUCGAACCGAGACCUCCGGUCUCAUCACCGAAGCUAACCAGCCCCCAGAAGACGAAUGCGCAAGCCACGCGCCCCCAUCUACCACCGCAAUGGAACAAUUCCAUUAAUUCGCACACCUUUGUUUACACCCAUGAUACCUCCUCGGUGAAGUUUGUGCUCCGUAUCGGCCGUCUGCCCACCGAGAUCGAGAUCCGCGGCGAGGCCACCGGGGACCAGCACUUUGUCCGUUUCACAAUCAAACCUCGUGAUUACCUCCAAGCCUCUGGACUACCAUUGCGUAUUACGAUCACGGCCGACGGCGGCGAGGACAGGAGCGACCUCGUUGAAAAACUAAAAGCCCUUUUCGUUUCCGAGGAUCGGAUCCAAGAAUCAGAGGACACCGACGAGGAGCUCCGCCGCACAGCCCCAUCACCCGAGAAAAAGCCGGUAGAACCGCCGGCACAGCGAGGCCCUCCCCCCGCCACUUCGCAACCGGAGAUGCUCUUCCGGCCCCCGCGCCGCGACCGGGAACGAGACCCAAACCUAAUCCUCCCGAGGGCACCCUCCGACCUCGGCCCCGGCCCCGCCCCCGGCCCCGCCCCCGACUUCCCGCCGCCCGGCUUCGAGGACGAGUACGAAGUCAACCAGCCGCCACACGGCCCGACGACGGCCGACCAGCGCCGCGGCGGCCGCGCCGGCUUCGGCAACCUGGGCCAUAGCGAUCUCUACCCGGCGGGGAUGGGCCCCCACGAUCCGAUUGGGGGUGCCUUCCCCGGUCCUUUCCAGAUCGGUCCCGACGGGCUCCGACAUCCGGCGCCCGGUGGUCGUGUUGGCGGGCCCGGAGGAGGCUUCGGCGGAGGGGCCGGUGGGAUGCACCCUACCUUUGAUGACCCCAUCUUUGGAGACCGCGGGGGCCGCGGGGGAGGUGAUGAUACGUUUGGUGGGCAGAUCCCGCCCGGGGCGAGGUGGGAUCCGUUUGGGCCUGGGGGUCACCCGCGGUUUGGGGGAGGACGUGGUGGUCGUGGGUCGGGGUUUGGCGGUGGGUCGGGGUUUGGUGGGGAUAUCAUUUAG